AUGUAAGAAUCUUCUCUCAAUUUCGAAGAUCAUUCAUAUAAUGCCCCCUCAGAAACUUUGCCACAAGUUAAUUCAUUUCAGGAAUUAAAACCAAAGCAAAAGAAUCCUAGUGAGGCAAAAAAUAUUCCAAAAAAUAUAGGAGGACUGUUAAAAAAUCAUUUCGCUAAUCGAUGUUCUCCACAAGUAAAGGAAAACAAAGUUAUCAAGCAUUUCAUUUCGUUAUAGGCCAAGAAGAAAAAUUACUCAAGAGAGGACAUCAAAAAGGUUUUGGAGAAUAAAGAGGCAGCUGCAAUUGCUAAGAAAUACUUCGCCAGCUUCGAAAUUAUAGAAGACAUACUUCAUUCAGAGAAGGUGCCAGAAAUAACAACUUUGUUAAAAUAUAUCAGAAAAUUUUUUAUCGCUUCUCACUUCCCAGAAACUCUAUCCACUCUAAAAUUACCAGAAUGAUCUUUUAUUUAUAUAUUUUCUAUGUUUUCGCUCCAAAAUUUAUUCAUAAAA